AUGUUCGACUCUACAGAAGCAUCAGUCGCCCGGCUUCGUCUGCCCAGACUUGACACCAGCGUAGUCAACACGCCGGUUCAGGAGCAGCUCCAACGCGAGGAGCCUGUCCCCGAGCUUCUUGUCGAGGACCGCCUUCUCUCAGCAGUCUCCAACGUUCUCGACAUAUCAAGACACUCCAUCGACCUCAUCGACUCUUUCACAGAUCUUGGCGGCAACGAAGCUUCCGCCCAGGAACUCCGGAAACGGUGCAUGUCCGUUGGGCUCGGCCUCAAGACGAGCGAUAUCCUCCGCUGUCAGACCCUCGCUGAGCUUCAAACCUGUGCCACCCCGUUCGCCCCUGCAGAGCCGCUACAACCUAACGAGGAGGAUCUCGCCAGCGACGCCUCUGAAGUCUCCAGCGACGCAAUGAGGAAGAGUAGCGACGAAAAGCUGCACUCACAUCAACAAAUCCACGCAUCCCGGGAGAUGGAGGAACGUCACGCGCUCGAGCGGCUCAUCAUGUCGACGCCCGAAGUAUCUGGGGCUGCUGUUGUUCGGCCCAAAGCCGGCUUCCUCGAGGGCAAGCUCAUCGCCUUCGUGAGCCUGAAUAACUCACGCCUAUCCCAAUACAGCCUGUCCACGAUCCAUGUCAUCUCCCAAUCACAGAUGCAUUUUGCCGGCAGUCAAAUCGCCGCCAUCCGCCUUGCUCUUGAACAGACGGCAAGCGACAUCACGCUACCCAGCAAUUGGAUUGUUCUCGAUCAGAUGCCAGUCACCGACGAUGGGACUGUCGACCGGAGGAAACUCCAGACCUGGGUCCAAAACAUGAAUGAGAGCAUGUACAAGCAAGUUACGAGCCUCGAGUCGGACAAGUUAUUCCAGGAGCCUCUGACAGACAUGGAGCGCACUGUCCAGAAAGCUGUCGCUCGCGUUCUUAGGAUACCUGAGCGCGAAAUAGGCAUGAACUUCUCCUUCCCUCAACUUGGCGGUGAUGAAGUAUCGACUAUGCUGCUCGUAGCCGCAUGCCGCACCCAAGGUGUCUCCCUUCGACCAGAGGACAUUAUGCAGAGUGCCACACUAUCUCAAAUGGCGUCGCUCGCGUCCUACAAGGUCGCCGUCGGCAACCACUGGAGCGAAGAGUCACUCGAGGGCUUCAAACUGUCGCCCAUGCAGCAGCUCUAUUUCGACACGGCAACAGGCGGCCGCAACGAGAUGCGUACGCGGACCGACGGCAGCUAUCGUUUCAACCAGAGCCUGUUACUUCGCGUCACAAGCAACGUCACUCUCGAGGAUAUCCAUGCCGCCAUGGAAACCGUCGUGGCGCAUCAUUCGAUGUUGCGUUGUCGCUUCCGCUGCGAAGACGAUGCAUGGACUCAACGGAUCAUUCCUGAUGUCCAGGGUUCGUAUGGAUUUGGCUACCACCAUGUGAGCGACUACGGUGAUGUGUUCAUGAUCAUUGAGAAGGCCCAAACCCAGAUCAAUAUCGAGAAUGGGCCCGUUUUCGCCGUCGAGCAUUUUCGCACGCCUGACGGUCAGCAGUUGAUUUACCUCGUGGCCCACCAUCUCGUCAUCGACCAACUCUCCUGGAGGAUCCUCAUUCAUGAUCUUGAUGAACUGCUUAGAGAGGGCACCCUCUUCUCCGAGAGGUCCAUGCCUUUUCAGACUUGGAACGAACUUCAGGAGGACGAGAUUACCCGUACAGGCGAGGCGUCGCCUCUACCAUUUGACCCCGUCAGCUGUGACUUUGCCUACUGGGGACUCGAGGAGUCGCUCAACACGUAUGGCGAGGCCCAUGAAAUCAGUUUUUCCAUCAGCGCUGAACUGACUUCAAUUCUGCAUACAACUUGCAAUCAAGUUUUCCGGACGGAUUCUGCUGACAUCUACAUGACGGCCCUCCAUCUCUCCUUCUGCCAGACCUUCCCAGAUCGACCAUCGCCGACAAUCUGGAACAAGGAACACGGCCGCGAACCCUGGAGCACUGACAUAGACAUUACCGAGACAGUUGGCUGGCUCACGUCGCUGUGCCCGAUAGGUCUCCGGUCGACCAACAGCGAGGACUUUCUCCACGUCCUGCGUGACCUGAAGGACACACGGCGAUCCCUGGCCCGCCGCGGCUGGGACUAUUUCGCCUCCCGUUACUUUGGGGCUUACGCGCCUACGCGCUGCGCAGAGGGCUGGCCUUUCGAGAUCAUGUUUAGCUACAAUGGUUCAUUGCGUCAGCUCGAGAGGGAGAACGGCGCCUUGGAACAGGUUCCCAUUCCUGGGCCUUCUGUAGGGACGUCCGUCUCCAACUUUGGUCACGAGGUCAGUAGGAUGUCUCUCUUCGAGGUGUCCAUGUCUACAGAUGACAGCGGUUGUGCCAAGGUCGACUUUGUGUAUAACAAGUUGUCGAGUCACCAAGAAAGAAUCGGGGACUGGAUCCAGACAUUCGAGCAUCUCCUAUACGAGGCAGUCGGCCGGCUACGCUACCGAGCCCAGGAACUCACCCUCGCUGACGUACCUCUACUCAACACCGACUACGCGGGCCUAGCCAAGUUGAAUACCGACAGACUCGUGGCACUCGGUCUCUCGAGUGCGCGCGAUAUUGAAGACGUAUACCCCGUCACGGCCGCUCAGCAACAAAUCCUGAUCAGCCAGACCUUGUCCCUCGAAACAUGCCACAGCAUCAACCUCUAUGAGCUCACCCUACUGAACGGCACGCAAGUUGACCAGUCGCACAUCUGUUCCAUCUGGCAGCAGAUUGUCGCCAAGUUCCCGGCACUUCGGACCGUCUUCAUUGACAGCAUCUCCUUAGACGGGCUGUUUGACCAGGUCGUCCUUCGCCAAUGCUCACCCAACAUGCUGUUCUUCGACGCAGCGCCCGGAGACGACCCCAUCGCGGCCCUCAAGAAUUUGCCCGAUCUUCCAACCAACCCAGCUCAACCCCGCCAUCGACUUUCGGUCUGUAACUCCAACAAAGGCACAUAUAUCAAACUGGAGGCCAGCCAGGCCCUGUGCGACAUGUUCAGCAUGCAGCUUCUCGUCGCAGAUCUCAGGAGGAUAUACAACUCGGGCAAGACACCAAUGAAGGUGCAAGACCCCUCCCGAAGUGCCUGCGUACAGUAUCUCGAGACAGCUCGUCGGGAUGACAGUCUCCUCUUCUGGAAAAAUCGACUGAAGGAGAUGCCACCGUGCUAUUUCCCUCGCCUCCGAGCGGCCGCGGAGAUGGCGGUUCAAGAUACACAUCAUCACUUUGACAUUUCCUCUGUUCAACUAGAUGAUUUCUGCCGUAAUCAUGCCGUCAGCCGCGCGACUGUUCUGCGCCUUGGCUGGGCCCUCGUGCUCCGCGCAUUUACGGGUUCAAGUCGUGUGCUCUUUGGCUACCGAACCACAGGACGCACUGACAACGACGCACCGAAUGGUCUCCAGCAAUCUAUCGGUUGUUUCGCAAACACCGUCCCUUGUGCUAUGGACUUAUGGGCUUACCAAUCCGUUGAAGCGAUCGUUCGCGAUGCCGAAGAGGACUUUGCGUCUUGUCUCGCUCACGAACACAUCGGAGCUUCCGAGAUUGAGCAUGCUCUUGGCCUCAAGGGCGAGACGCUCUUCAACAGCUGCUUCACGUACAUGGAAGAGCCGCCUGUGCUAAAGAGUCGCUUCAGCAGCACGCGCCCGCAGAUGGCUCUGAAGUGCGUGCAGUCCUUCGAUUCCUCGGAACACGACAUCUCCAUCGUGGCCUUGUUUGUGGACGGAAACCUAGCUUGUAGCGUCUCAGACCGUAUCCUCUCAAGCCAGCAAUCCCGGAGCGUCACCAUGUCGUUUUUCCAGGCUGUGAAGGCCAUCGUCAAUAGCCCCCUUGUCUCAAUUGGCGGGCUAGACUUGUCAAUGGAGAAAAACAAUGCGUUACUGGGCUCCGAGCGGGUUGAGUUACUCGAGCCGUGCAUCCACAGCCUCUUCUCGAACCGUGCGAGAACAUCUCCAGAGGCUCCGGCAGUCUGCGCCGGAGACGGCGAUUUCUCAUACCGGUCAUUAGCGCGCCUGGUGCAACGGCUAGCCUCACAUCUCAUGCAAUGGGGCGUCAGACCUGGUGUCGCUGUGCCUUUGGUCCUGGGAAAAACGAGGUGGUCGAUUGUGAGCAUGCUCGCUGUGCUCAAGGCUGGCGGCUGCAUCGUUCCGGUCGACGGCGAAGACAGCGGCAUGGUCGAGGCCGUGAUUAAGCAGGUCAACCCACAGGUCAUCCUCGUCACCGAAUUGAUAGGAUCGAAGCUGCACCUCUUCAAUGACAGCGUCAUUGUUGUCAACGAAGCUUUAUUCUCAACCCACCUGCAAGCUGACUCGCCGACACGCAAAGCAUCGGGCGAUGAUGUUGCGUGUAUUUUUUUCCCCGCCGGCUCCAGUCGAACGAAAGAACUCCGUGGCUUCGCCUACUCUCACACUGCCCUUUCAUCAGCCUUCCUUGCCCAGGGUUUGGCUCUAGACAUCGACCAAGAAAGUCGCGUGCUGCAACUAUCAUCUUUCAGCAUUGACACCGCGCUUGUCGAGACGCUCGCAACCCUGAUUCACGGUGGCUGCAUCUGCAUCCCGUCUCCAACAGAGCGCAAGCGAGAUGUUGAUGGUGCGAUCCGGCGAAUGGCCGUCACCUGGACCUAUCUGACGCCGAUUCUCGCUAGGCGGCUCAACCCCGCCAAACUUCCUUCGCUCAGGGUCACCUGCUUCCGAACCCGUGGACUUGACGAAGACACAUGUGGCCCCUGGAUGGAGCACACCAAGUUACUCCUGGUCUACGGCUGCCUCGAGAUCUGCCCUCUCGGCAUCUCGGCUUUCGAGGCCAACAAACGCGAAGACCUACAGCGCGUAGCGAAACCUUUCCUCGGCAAGUUCUGGAUUGCCAACCCCGAAGAUGCAAGCAAGCUCGUGCCCAAUGGGGCCAUUGGAGAGCUAUGCAUCGAGAGUCCAAUUAUCGCUCAAAAGUUUGUCCACGGUCAGCCCCUCAAGCCACUGACGCAAAAGUUGGAGCAAGCCGAGGAUGGGCGCCAGAUGGUUCGCUAUGUCAAGACCAGCCAGAGGGUGCGGUACAUGGAAGGCGGAAGCAUCGAACUCCUUCCCAGCUCGCGCCAGGACAUGGCUGUGGACGGCAAGGUUGUGGAGUCCGCCAAGAUCGAACAGGAACUCCGUCGGUGCCUCGGACAAGGUGUUGAUGUAGCUGUUGAAGCCGUCGUCUGCAAGGACGGCACCCAGUUACUCGCAGCCUUUGUGCAGCUUGAAAUGUCGUGGGAUGGACCGGAAGAACUCACCCAUCUGAGCGCGGUGACGCGCGAACGAGGCUUCUCCGCCAAGAAGGUUGCGGACCCAUCACUGCGAGAUAUGUUCCCAACGCACAUGGUUCCCAGAGUGUACAUACCCGUCAAGCGGCUGCCCGUGACGACCGCUAUAAAGAUCAAUCGACGCAAGUUGCAGAAAAUGGUCAAGGAUCUGACGGAGGAACAACUCGCGGCCAUCUUUGGAGCCUCACCCGCGCAUAUAGACAGCAGCGCUUGCAUGAAGCCCCUCCCACUAACACAAGUCGAAGAACGCAUGCGGUCCAUCUGGUCUGACCUCCUCAAUGUCAGCGAAGAUGCUAUUGACGGCAACCAGAGCUUUGUUAAGCUCGGCGGCGGCACGUAUCUCGCCGCCAAGCUGGUCGUUGCAUCCAACCGAGCCGGCAUGGCAAUCAACAUCACUGACGUACUGAGGGGGGCUUCCCUCACAGAGCUAUGCCAAAGCGUCACCCUGAGUUCUGAAGCCAUGCUCAACGUCGAUUUAUUGCCCUCGCGGCGAUCUCUGGAUACUUUGUCUGGCACUCUCCUCAACGAGGCCUUCAUUGAAGAGGUCAUUGUUCCCCAGCUUGGGGUGGAGCGAAAAGCCAUCAAAGAUGUGUGCGAAGCUUUCCCCGCUCAAGUCAGAUCCCUCGAGCUCGGCAUGAUGAAAGACCGUGGCGAUGUCACAUACAUCACUCUAAACAUUGCCCGGCUUCAGAGCGUCAAGAAGCUUGAGUCAGCGUGCUUUGGCCUCUGCAUGAUACAUCCGAUUCUGCGCUCCGUCUUUGUUGCCCAUGAGCGCAAGGUGUAUCAGGUAGCAGUGCGGUCCUCUGGCCCGGACUUCAAGAAACUCCAGUGCCCGAGUUGGAGACUGUCGGGUCUCACGACAAAGCUGAUCAAGAAGGAUCAAGAAGAGCCUUUGACUCUUGGAAAGACUAUCACCCGAUUCAUCCAUGUUGAUUCUGGUCAUCAGUCAACCUUGAUCAUGCGAUUGUCAAAGGCGCAGUGCGACGAAGCGUCAAUUCCCAUACUGAUCCAUGACCUCAAGAGACUUUACACUGCUGCAGAAAAGCCGACCAGGAGGCCUACACACUUUGAAUUUAUCAGGUUCGCGCAGACUUCCAACAGAGAGAGCGCAAUGAAGCAUUGGGCCUCGUUGCUUGAAAAUGCCGAGAUGACCCGGGUCGUGCCCCGCGAUGCGCCUGCACCCCUUAGUACGUCUGCGAGGACUAUCCGGGAAAAGGUGUCCAUCACGUCGCUGUCUGGUCUCGGAGUUACCUUGGACACAGUCGUCAAGGCAGCAUGGGCUAUUGUGCUGGCAAACCUGUCCGCGUCCGGAGAUGUGCUUUUCGGCGAGAUUAUUGAUGGUCGCCAACUGCGGCUUGCCGACGGCAGCAGUGUGUCAGGUGUAGUUGGCCCUACAGGUAACACACUCCCGGUUCGUGUCCGUUUCGGAGACGCCUACUGCACCCCGAUGGACAUCCUCCAGACGAUUCAUGGACAAAGAGCACUUGUCAAAACCUUUGAGAACAUGGACUGGAGGGCCGUGGUGGAGAACUCGCCGAAGAUCCCCCUCUGGGCGCCCUUCAGCACUGCGGUGUACCACCAACCGACCGAGGACAAGAAGCAGCCGACUGAUUUCAAGCUUGGGAAUGCAUCGUGCAAGCUCGUCGUACAGGAGUCUCCCUUAAGGGAUUUGCACGACCUACUUGUCACCUCUAGCCUGCCGAGCCCGACGCGGGCCGAGAUUGCCCUCACGUUCUGUGAGAACCGCAUCCCUAAGACAUUUGCCGACGCGACACUCAAGUACCUGGUGUCGACAAUCGAGCUUCUUACCUCUGUGUCGAUGAUGCAACCCCUAAUUCCAUCAGCGACCGACUUUGCGACGAUGCGCCCACAACUGCCUUUGCCUCAACCCGACUUCGAUGCCAUUCAAACCCAAUCAAGCGCAGGGCUGCCAACGGAUCUGCACUUUGCUAUCCAAUCCGUCGUCGCCACAGCCUGGACCAAGAUUCUUGAUCCGCGCUCACUCGGCGUGCCCGAAAAGCAGCUGCACAAUGCUGCCUUCUACGACCUAUGGGGCAGUCUUAUUCCCGCGUCACAGCUUGCCGAGUACCUGACGCGUGAGCUGCCCCAUAUCGGCAUAGCUGGUCUGGAUGAUGUUCAGAUCAACAUGGAGGAGAUCAUUGCGAACCCCACAAUGAUGGCGCAGUUUGAGCUCGUCGCACGCAAGAUUCGCGACAGCCGAGACGGUGUCAAGAAGCGCCUUGCCGCCACGCAUCGUAGCCCAGCUGCCAUCGGAAAGAGCUUGCGCCGAUUGACUAGCAAUGUCAUGAAAGAAAAGGGGUAUGGGCGCUCUGCUAGUGACAGCUCCACGGAGUCUCUUGCCCUGAAAAUAACACACCCGCACCUAAACCCGCCCUCGCAACUGGGAGCCCGGCCCCAACCCAUACCCGAGGCGACCUCUGCAGCAGCUGCAGAUCCGGUGGCUGAGAUGGACGGCGAUGAGAUUGAGCUAGAUGAGGAGCAACUGUUUGAACACUGCAAGAACGGACCCGCACCGCAGCCACUGUCGCUUAUCAUGGAACGAGACGACAGUGGAAGCAGCAUGGAGAGCUUGACAACGGGAACGAGCGAAAGCGACGAAGAGGAGGAUGUUGCAAUGCCGAUGAGCCGCGGGCCCCAAUCUCUUGGGCGCAUUGCUAACACGGUAAGCCCACUGACGCCCGGGGUCAAGCAAGGGCACUUGUUUGGACGGAGCAACAGCGGCUUGACAGAGGCCAAGGGGAGUAGCGGGCCUGGCUUGAUGAAGAAGAAAGCAAGCAGCAUGUUCGGAAGGAUGGGACUCAUGGGCCCAGUAGGCGUCAACCAUUAG